AUGCAGCGCCUCCCCCACACGCAACGGGGCAUCAAGUCGCGGCACGCGCAGAUGCUGGCCAUCGGGGGCACGAUCGGCACCGGGCUCUUCGUCGGGGUCGGGUCUGCCCUGUCGAUCGCGGGCCCGGCCUUCCUCCUCCUCUCGUACGCCCUGAUCUGCCUCCUCGUCUACGCCGUCAUCACCGCCACCACCGAGAUGAACACCUACCUGCCCAUCCACGGGUGCUCGAUGGCCGCGUACGCGACGCGCUUCGUCUCCCCCUCCCUCGGCUUCUCCCUCGGCCUCCUCUACUGGUACAGCUUCGGCAUUCUGGUCGCCUACGAAACCACCGCCGCGGCCCUGGUGAUCAACUACUGGAGCAACCCGGUCCCGCUCGCCGCGUGGAUCACCGUGAUGCUGCUCGUGGUCUUCGCGUUGAACUUCAGCCCGGUGCGCAUCUACGGCGAGACGGAAUUCUGGUUCGCGUCGCUGAAAGUCUUCCUGAUCCUCGGGCUCUUACUCCUCAGCUUCAUCCUCUUCUGGGGCGGCGGACCGAGCCACACCCGGCUCGGGUUUCAUUAUUGGAACGACCCGGGGGCGACCAACACGUAUCUCGUGCCCGGGGCCACGGGCCGCCUCUGCGCCUUCAUCUACACGCUGUGCUACUCGGUCUUCUCCUUCAACUUCGGCCCGGAGCUCCUCGUCGUCGCCGCCGGCGAGAUGCAGCACCCCCGGACCAACCUCCCGCGGGCCGCGCGCCAAUUCUUCUACCGCCUGCUCGUCUUCUACGUGUGCGGCGUGCUCGCCAUCGGGGUCAUCUGCCCCCACGACGCCGCCGGCCUGACGACGGGGACGGGGGUCAACGCCUCGCCGUGGGUGAUCGCGAUCCAGCACGCCGGCAUCUCCGGGCUGGACUCCGUCGUCAAUGCCGUGAUCAUCACCUCCGCCUGGUCCGCCGCCAACUCGUACCUGUACAUGUCCAGUCGCACGCUCUACUCGCUCGCCGCGGCGGGCUCGGCCCCCGCGCUCUUCGCCCGCUGCAACCGCCACGGCGUGCCGUACUACGCCGUCCUGGCCAGCGCCACCUUCGGCGCCCUCGCGUACAUGGACUGCAGCGCCGGCGCCAGCACCGUGUUCACCUGGUUCGUCAGCCUCACCAACUCCGCCGGCAUGAUCAGCUGGACCGCCUGCGCCCUCGUCUACCUCCGCUUCCGCGCGGCGUGUGCCGUGCAGGGCGUUGCGGUGCCGUAUCGCUCCCGCUGGCAGCCGGGUGGGGCUUGGGCGGCCCUCACGGUCUGUCCGGUCAUUUUGCUGGGGCAGGGGUUCCAGUAUUUCGUGGCCGGGAAUUGGAGUGUCAGUGGGUUCUUGACGAGCUAUCUGGGCGCGUUUGUGUUUUUGGCGGUGUAUGCGGUGAGGAGGGGGUGGGGGGCGUGGAGGUGGGGCGAGGGGUGGUGGGUGGGUCUGCUUGAGGUGGAUUUGAGGGGUGGGUUGGAGGAGGUUGAGGCGUUGGAGGCGGAGGGCGAGUCUGACCGUUGGACCGGAUCGGAUGGACUGUGA